CCCCGCGAGCGCACUGUCGGCUGCUUGGCUCCAUGUUGGUUGACUUUUCUUGGAAGCACCUUACGUUCCUGGUGCGCAGAUAGCGGUAGCUCAGCCAGGGCCGACGCACCGGCUCUGCCUCGCGGCGAAUGGAGCCAGUGAUGCCGCUAUGAGAAAGGAAAGCUCACCCCCCACGUCUGGAUAUCUGAAGAGGGAGGUGAAUUAGGUUUUGUCGCACCUGAGGAGAGCGUGCAAAGUGGUAUGCGGGCCGAAGUAAUUGGAUUGAGAUAACCCCACAGAGGCAUGAUGUUCACCCUGACGGAGGUGGCCUCGCUGAACGACAUCCAGCCCACGUACCGCAUCCUGAAGCCAUGGUGGGACGUGUUCAUGGACUACCUGGGGCUGGUAAUGCUCAUGUUGGCCAUCUUUGCUAUGACCAUGCAGAUCACCAAGGACCAGGUGGCGUGUCUGCCUUACCUGGAAGAGUCCGAAAGCUCACCUCAUAACAGCCCGCACGCCCCAUCCACACCCCAGGCAACGUCACCGGCCACAGCAACCCCCCUGGUCACCCCUGUUUCCAUGGAGACUAAAGACUUACCGGAUUCGGCUGUUCACGAAAUCCACAACACCCACGUAGAGCCUCGUCAAUACACCGCUCAACCUCAACCGACAGGCAAGAAAACCAACUUAGACUUUCAACAGUACGUUUUUAUCAACCAAAUCUGUUACCAUGUUGCCUUGCCCUGGUAUUCCAAGUAUUUCCCAUAUCUGACUCUUAUCCAUACGAUCGUUCUUAUGGUCAGCAGCAACUUUUGGUUCAAGUAUCCCAAAACUAGCUCAAAGAUCGAACAUUUCGUCUCCAUUCUGGGGCGUUGCUUUGAAUCUCCUUGGACUACAAAAGCGUUAUCUGAAACUGCUUGUGAGGACUCAGAGGAGAACAAGCAGAGGCUAACAAAUGCCACAUCUGGUCCGAAGCAAGUAUCGCUAGAAGAAAAAGAGGACAACGCCACUCCAAGCCCCACUACGCCAAUGUUAGGGGUGAAAGUUUCCGCUGAUAAACCUAUAACGGAGGUUCCAAGUACUAUGACAAUCCUGGACAAGAAGGAUGGAGAGCAGGCCAAGGCACUGUUUGAGAAAGUUCGGAAAUUCAGAGCUCACGUAGAGGACAGUGACUUCAUUUACAAGCUUUACGUGGCUCAAACUAUCGUCAAAACGGCCAAGUUUAUUUUGAUUUUGUCGUACACUUCGACGUUUUUGGUUAAAAUCAACUUCAAGCAUGAAUGUAAACCAGAUAUUCAGCAUCUUACAGGUUACGGGAGGUUCUUCUGCACACACAACAUGGCUUUUAUGCUAAACAAGCUGCUAAUUAGCUACAUGGCGUUGAUUUUGAUCUACGGGAUGACCUGCUUGUAUUCGCUGUUUUGGGUUUUCCGUAGACCGCUUAAGGAAUACUCAUUCGAAAAAGUACGAGAAGAGAGUAGUUUCAGUGACAUUCCAGACGUCAAGAACGAUUUUGCAUUCCUGUUACACAUGGUCGACCAAUACGACCAGCUCUACUCUAAAAGGUUCGGCGUUUUCUUAUCCGAAGUUAGUGAGAACAAGUUGAGAGAGAUAAGCUUAAACCACGAAUGGACUUUUGAAAAACUGAGACAACUUGUGAUCCGCAACGCACAAGAUCAACAAGAGCUCCAUCUGUUCAUGCUUUCUGGUCUACCAAAUGCUGUUUUUGACCUGACAGAUCUGGAAGUACUUAAACUGGAGCUUAUUCCAGAUGCGAGAUUCACGGCUAAAGUAUCACAAAUGACAAGUCUGCUGGAGCUACAUCUGUGCCACUGUCCGGCGAAGGUGGAGCAGACCGGCUUUGCUUUUCUUCGAGAUCACUUGAGGUGCCUUCACGUCAAAUUCACUGAUGUCGCUGAGAUCCCAGCUUGGGUUAUACUGAGAAGUUUGCGUGAGCUGAAUCUGGUCGGGAAUUUGAACUCGGAAAAUAACAAAAUGAUCGGACUCGAAUCCAUGCGCGAUUUAAGGCACCUAAAGACCUUAUGUUUGAAAAGCAACCUCACAAAAAUGCCUACGAACAUCACAGAACUUUCGCCACAUUUGAUCAAACUGUUUAUCCACAAUGAUGGCACGAAAUUACUGGUUUUGAACAGUCUAAAGAAAAUGACUAGUCUUAUUGAACUAGAGCUUCACAACUGCGAACUCGAACGGAUUCCUCAUGCUAUUUUUAGCUUGACCAACCUGCAAGAGUUGGAUCUGAAAGCAAACAAUAUCAGGACUAUUGAGGAAAUCAUUAGUUUUCAGCAUCUUAAGAGACUAGCUUGUUUGAAACUUUGGCAUAACAAAAUCACCAGUAUUCCCUCAUCGAUUGGACAAGUCAAAUCUGUAGAAGCGCUCCAUCUUAACCACAACAAGUUGGAGUCCUUGCCCCCCGCGCUGUUCACUCUACCCAAGCUUCGGCACUUGGAUCUGGGUCACAACUCCAUCAUGGUACUCCCCCCGGACAUUGGCCUCCUUCACAGCCUCCAGUACCUUGCCAUCAAUAUGAACAAGCUCGAAGUGCUACCCAAGCAACUGUUCAGAUGCACUAAGCUGAAAGUUUUAUGCUUAGCUCACAACGCGCUCACCACCUUGCCGGAAACCAUGGGGCAGCUGGUUCAACUGACUCAGCUGGAGCUCCGAGGGAAUUGUCUGGACAGGCUUCCGGCGACGCUCGGAAACUGCCGACUGCUCCGGAAAAGUGGGCUGGUGGUGGAGGAUCAUCUCUUUGACACACUGCCCCUAGAGGUGAAAGAAAGCAUCAGCAGGGAGACCAAUGUGUCCUUUACCAGCGGCUUGUAGUAAAAAAAUUGGGCUAAACAGAUAUGUUGGUUUGCUGAUAUUUAUACUUUUUAGUGUAUCAGAUAUCGGUCUUAAAGUGCCUAUGACAGGUUUGGACUGCUGAUUUUACUAAAACACAGUUAACAUCAUUAUAUUUAAGAUUUUUGCAUUUGUUUUUCCAAUUUGGCCAUGUGUUAGGUUUAAUUUUUUUCCAUAACUGUUACCCAGAAGAAAAAAAAAACUCCUCUAAUGUACACAGAAAUUAUUAUCUGACAAAUACAAGGAAACACAAAAAAAAGUUUCUUAAGUGUAAACUGUGCUGAACGUUUGUAUAGAAUUCUCAGUACUGACGUUAUCAGUGUGUUUAAAAGUCUACUUCCUGUCAUUUUCAACAUAUUUUUCACAGUUUCUCCACAAGUUGCUUCUUGAUUUGUGCCAAACUAUAAUUUACACUUACAAUAGUUAUUAUCCCACCAAAUGAAGUCAAAAUUAGAGAAUCAUAAAAAUCUGUCAUAUGCACUUUAAACCUCUAAAGAAUACACAUAAAGCUUUAUUUGAACACUUUAGUGCAAAGACAUAUCUGCUAAAACGUGACUACACAGCUCCCUUAAAGAUAGUGGUAAAAAAAAAGGCUGUGGGUGAGUUUGAAAUCAAAUAAAAUGCACAAGUUCGGGCAAAUAAUCAAAAUCUGCCCUAUAUAUCGGCCCAAAAAUAUCGACGGCUCUGGAUUCUAAACAAUCAGCAUCUCCCAUGAAAAAUCCCACAAUCUCUAGUAAAAACGGAGUAACACUUUAGACACUUCAACAACAUUUAAGUGUGACAUUUCUGAUAGUGGGCACGCCACCUGCACAACUCCAUGGAGGUAGAAAGUGAAAGCAAUACUUCAAAAAGGAGAUUUAAGUUGAAUGCCAUAUAGUGGAAUAUUCCAGGCAAAGCAAUAACAUCUCCAUGGUGACAAGCAGGUUGUGUGCCCAGACCAGGCCAAGUUACGAGUCUGUGAAAAGGCAAGCCUGCUCACAGUAAGGACACAUGCUUUUUAAAAACUAAAACACCGUUAAUGAUUACACUUUGGCCUAUAGUUUGGCUGAAAUGUUCUGUAAAUGUUUUAAUGAGGGUUUAUAAAGACGCAAUCGUGUUGAUAUAGGUGUUUGUAUCCUGCUGGUACCCUUAUGGUGUGGGUUGUUUAUAGAUUCUAGAUUGUGAUGGUGUCACAUUCACUCAGAUGACGAUCAGGAGCGAGUUCUGUGGAAGCUUUCAGUUGUGGUCUAAAUAUGCAAAGGGUAAAACCACAGAUGUUGAACACGAUAAUGUAUUUUUUACUUAAAGGAACACUGCGUAACAUUUCUAGUCGAGGGUCCGUCACCUUUUUUUCCCCAUAGAAAUAUUAUUGCUUUGUCUAGAAUGUUUCGCAGUAUAGAUUAGACCUAUAUCUGUCAUGAAGGAGACAAGCAUGUCACAGCACUAUGCUACAUUACAGUUCAGCUCUGUGGAGAGGCGGGCUUUUCACCGAAGGAAUUCUGUUUUUGAGCAAGUGAAACACACAUAAUGAUUGAAUGCUAGAUGGAUAUGUUUAAUAUCAUACCAUGGAACAUUUGUGGUAAAGCAAUAACAUCUCCAUGGAGACAAGAACGUAGCAGACUCUCCACCAGAAAAGCUGUGUAAUGUACUUUUAAUUUCAAUAUUCUAGAGCCUUUAAUUUUAAAUUGAGAUGGAGGGCAGGAAAAUGUAUGAAUAAGUGCAGAAUUUGGUGUGUAUAUUUCAUGAAAGUGAUAUCACAGAUCUGAUUAAUAAUUUUAUGACAAACAUAAAAUCCCAUGUGUGACAUCUUUGCAUCACAGAAUCUAAAAACAGCCAACAAUAAACUGCCAUGUUUUCUAAACUUUCAAAUAGUUCUCAUCUCUUUCUGUUGAAGUGAAUGUAGGAGGAUCUUAGACAUUGCCUGGCAAAUACAAAAUGAUAUCUGGAUUAUACAGAUAUCAGUUUGGUCCCCACGCCCUGUGUUGCAUCUCAAACCCAAACGUAAACAUGCUUUGCUCAUUGAGUCUGCUGAAAUCUGCAAUGUUUUUGUGAUGUUUGUGAAAUUUCUUUCCCUUUCUGUUUUCCUUGUAAACUGCCAUAACUGUUUUAAUAAAAACGGGCCACGCAUGUC